AAAAAUACACGCAGCUGCAAGGCUUUAAGUUGCAAUGUUUUCUGAUUAAAGCAACUCCAGAUUUAAAGCUGUGAUUCCUCCUUUCUGCUUCUAACUGCGUUGUACUUGUCCACUCGUACUUCUCCCACGAUGUCGCUUCCACACGCUGUUGUUUGUGUUCGUGCUGCGUGCUCCGCUCCUCCCCCGUGUCCCCCGUGUCCGCCCCCCUUUUGUUUCCGGGCAGUGUUGCUUCAGGGCAGGUGAUCGGUUCCUUUGAGUCACAGUUCAAACCAGGCUUUGUUCUCACCUGGGUAUUUGCGCAGGGCGAGCACGAAAAGAAAAAAGAGAGAAGCGCGUUUAAAACGUUAAGGAUGUUAACGCUCUGCGGCAACUUUAACAAAAAAAUAACGUUUCAGGUCGCAGGCUGGUGAACUCGCUGCGCGUCCGUGUCGUGUGGUUGGGCUGAAUGCAACCAGGAAAUACACAGUUAAAUAAAGGUUUGAGCGACUUCCCACUCACUUUUAUCAAGUCUGUGAUUAAUUGCAGUAGCCGAGUUUUUGCCACCUCACCCAGGAAUUGUGUACAGUUUUCUAUUGGAGUACAGUAACAGGUCAUUUCUCACGGACUGUACAGCUACGCGGCUGCACGCCAAGGGGAACACAAUUAUCUUUUAUCUACUGCACAGGGGAUGAUGACCUGCUGUGACCAACAGAGGGCGCUCCUGUAACAGCAAUGAGAGUGAACUCCUCGAUGAGCCCCGGCCUGGGCAAUGCAGCUGAGAACACCACCGCUCCGAGGGACAAGGUGACCCCCCCUGGCCCCCCCUCCCCUCCCCCUGCUGGGCUGGACCAGUUACCCCAAGGGGGGACCGGGGGCUGGCCUCGUACAGUCAGGGGGCGCUGUUGCUCCCUCUCCUCUGCAGACCCCUGUGGGGUGGGGGGGGCCCCCCUCAGACACCUGUCCCAGCUCAGAGUGAAUGUGGGGCCCCUCGAUGCUUUCCGCAGGCACAGCUGGGAGCCGGGCAAAGAGGAGCAGUACUGCCCCUACUACGAGCACCACAGCCUCUCUGCAAUGUGGGAUCCACAUUUCAGUGUUAGUCUGGAGAGGCUCGAUCCUGAAGGGAUAGACAGAGUGAUGGGUGGCCCAGUCCCCAGGGGAGCAGGUCGCGACCCCCGCAGGAAUCCCAUAAUCCACAGCAGCGAGAUGCUGGACUCUCUGACAUCACUGACGGAGGAGAGUGAGGACUUCCUGUUCCUGCAGGACCAUGCUGAUCGCCUGCAGGCUUACAGCUGCUCCGCCCCCUCCCUCUGUGUGACCAUGUCCGACAUGGAGCGGCCGGACCAGGACCCCGACGGUGAGAGAGAGGGCAGGGGCAGAGAAACACAGAAAGCGCUGGGCUGCCGUGUGGAAGAAAUCUCGCUCUAUUCUGAAGGAGGAGGUUCCACACUCAGUGUCAAUGCAGAGAGUGACACAGGCAGUGUGCUGGAUCUCUCUCUGGAUUGUGCUGCCGGUGACUCUAAGGCCGGGAGACCUCUCAAUCGAACCCUGAGCUUCUUCAAGAAGAUGGCUGGCAAGUCCAAGACACAGUGACAUGUGCAGGGUGACUCAUACAAUCAGGGGAGCUGGUUGCAUUGGCUCUGGCGCCAGGUUAUGGAGGCAAAAUCGUCUGGGGCUGAGUCCCCUCGCAGUGCUACAGCACCCUCUACUGGCCAGGCGUCUGGGGAGCUCAAAGCAGACACCUGCAGGGCUGGCCUUUGUCCUCCAGAGGCCGGCAGCUCUCCGAUAUCUACUCUUGAAUCCGGGAUACACUCCUCUGCACUGGGCAGAGCAGGAGGGAACCAAAUAAUACAUCCAGGCAAUGAUUAACCAAGAGGGGCAAUUGCAGAGCUGCUGUACUCGUGACCCUCAGAGUUAGAGCUUCGGCUUUACUGCCAGUGACCUGGUAUUGCAUGAGAGGAGAGCCAGUUCACUCACAACAGCAAUGAAAUUGCACCUUAUCUUGGCAUCUCAAGGUUCUUCCAGGUGACUAAGAUUCAUAUUGCUGGAGCAAAAUGCUGAUUCAAGUUACUGAUUAUAUCCUAGAAUGUGUCAACAAAUGGGUUUGAUUUUUGUUAUUUCUUGCAAUGUUUGAUUUCUUUGUUGUUGUUUUUUUUGCAAACUUGCAAGUGGAGAAAAUCAGCUAAUGGAAUCUGGCAGUGCGUCAUGAAGUCUUUCCUAUGAAUUAAAAUACCUUACCAUGUCUGGGAAAGCAGUGUGUGUGUGUGUGUGUGUGUGAGAGAGAGAGUAAGCAAGCUAAGCUCUCAGCUGGCAGAAGUUGAAUCCCUAAAUCCCUGAAUCCGCUGUGUGUCUGAUUCUCCUCACCCAGACGCUCUGACAGAUUGGGAGCCGCUUAGCUAAUUAAACUAAUUGCAGUUUAGCCUCCAGCAGACCCCGCAGCCUGGCCUGUGAUCCCAGUGAGAGUGGGGCUGGGUCAGUGCUUGGACUGGAGAACACAGGGUGGGAAUGGUGUUGGGGGAUCUUCAGCACUGCACUGGCAGUGCUGUUCAAGAGCUCAAGAGGAGCUACAAUGGGAUAUGAGGCUGCCAUUACUGCAGCAUGCUAACUAUACUCUUGCCAAAUGAUCUUUAGUGGCAAUGCAGACACAGCCAGUGGCACUACAAUGGCAAUGCAAUAAUGGUUCUGUGUUACACUGAGGGGCAAUGGCAGAACAAGUAUAGGGCAGCUACAAUGGGGUGAGGCUGGUAGAAUGGGACCCCAGUGUGCUCACUAUACCCUUCCUGAAUGAUCUUCAAUAGCACUACAAUGGGGUGAGGCUGGUAGAGUGGGACCCCAGAGUGCUCACUAUACCCUUCCUGAAUGAUCUUCAAUAGCACUACAAUGGGGUGAGGCUGGUAGAAUGGGA